UUUGAGAGCAAUAUAUUAGAGAGAGAAUAAAAGCAUUUUCUCAUUAGAGUGACUCAUGUCCUCUUAUAUAUUUUGAACUCUCUCUCUCUAUAUAUAUAUAUUUGCUUCUUUCUCCAUCCUCUUAUAGUAUUUCACUUUCCUCCAUAUAUAAAGAAACAUGUCAUCAAGCUACAUUGAUUCUACUAAUUCUGAGCAACUUUGCUAUAUCCCUUGCAAUUUUUGCAAUAUUGUUCUUGUGGUGAGUGUUCCAUGCAGCAACUUGUUUGAUAUAGUGACAGUUCGAUGUGGACAUUGCACAAAUUUGUGGUCCGUUAAUAUGGCUGCUGCAUUUCACUCCAAUUCUUGGCAAAAUCAUCAUCAAUAUCUUCAUCAUCAGGUAGGAAACUACACUAAUUCUCCUCAUGAUCAAUACAAGAUAGAUUGUGGUUCAUCAUCCAUCACAAACAAUUCUACUCAUGAGGAGAGGAUUGUAAAUCGACCUCCGGAAAAGAGGCAACGAGGACCUUCUGCAUAUAAUCAGUUCAUAAAAGAGGAGAUUCAGAGGAUCAAGGCUAAUAAUCCAGAUAUCACUCAUAGGGAAGCAUUUAGUACUGCUGCUAAAAAUUGGGCACACUUCCCUCACAUUCAGUUUGGGCUCAUGUUGGAGACUGACAAUCAAGCUAAACUUGGUGCUAGUGAGAACAAAGAAAAGCUUAUAAUGCCUAGAGCUGCAUUGCCAAAAAUAAAGACCUUCACCUUCUAAGAGUAUUAAUUCUCCACAUGUUGUAUGCUGAAUUAUUGAAGACAAGUGUGAUUUUAUUUGUUCUAUUUAUUAGUACUUAUAAAUUGUGUAAUAUAA